AUGUCCAUCAACCUCACUGGAAAAACCUGCCUCGUUACCGGUGGUGCCGGGGGCCUAGGCAAAGCUAUCGCUACCCGGUUCUUCGCUGCCGGAGCCAACGUGGUCAUCUGCGAUGUCAACGAGGAGCGACUUCGUCAGACGUCGCUAGAUCUUGCCGGACCCACCGGCGACGCAAGGCUCAAGAUCAUCAAGACAGACAUCACCUCUGCGACAGAGGUGCAAGCCCUUUUCGAUGAGAUCGUCGCGCAAUUUCAGAAACUCGAUAUUCUCAUCAACAAUGCUGGAAUCAUGGAUCAGUUCGAUGCUGUCGGUGACCUGGACGAGAAGCUGUGGGACAAGGUCAUGGCUGUGAAUCUGACUGCGCCUUUUCUGUUGAGCAAACUGGCUGUUCGGAAUAUGCUUGCUCAGGAAGUUGUCAAUGGAAGUAUCGUCAACAUCGUCUCCAUUGCAGGAAAGGCGGGUUGGAUGGCGGGUGCCGCAUAUACCGCUAGUAAGCACGGCCUCGUUGGCUUGACCAAGAACACGGCUUCCUACUACGGCAACAAGGGAAUCCGAUGUAAUGCGCUGAUGAUGGGCGGCAUGGAGACGAACAUUGCGGAUGCGUUCAUGUCCAACAUCAACCUGGAAGGAAAGGACAAGGCCGUUGCUCUCAUGACUGCUGCUGCGGCACCUAUGUGCGAUAUCAACCGCGUUGCUGAGCUGUGUCUGUCUAUUACGUGUGGUCCUGGGGCGGAGAUUAUCAACGGGACAUGUAUCCCGAUUGACCAUGGAAUGUCGGGAGUGUUGGGUUGA